CGCUCGGAGCGCGCUCGGUGUGUCUGCGACGGAGUCUGCGAUAAACAAACUCUGGGGGAAAUUUCGAGGAGUGGAAAGCGCGAUACAUUUCUUUCUCGGAUAAACGCUCGUUUUCUCGUAGCACGAGCGAUCGCGCGUGAAGUCGCUCUGUCAAUCGGUACCUGACGACAGACGCGAGCGCUGUGCGUGUGCUGGUGCGUGGGUGCGCGCAGGCUGCAGGGCAGAGGCCUGGGGCAGCAGAGAUGGGUAGCACGGACAAGGCCGUAAUCACGGGGUUCAUAUGCAGACUUUGCAGCAAGAUGAAUCGCUUCGUGAUCCACAUCUAUGGGGAAGAGGGCGAAAGGAUGAAGCUCGCCGAGAAGAUAAACACUUACCUGCCGAUCACGGUAAACAUGAAUGACCCGCUGCCAAAGACUGCAUGUUUACAUUGCAUCGAACGAUUAGAGGCGCAUCACGAAUUAAUGGAACAGAUCAUGUUUACCAGACAGAGAUUAGAUCCUGAUAAUAAAGCGACCACAGUAGCAUCCUCUUCUACGACAACCUUAGAUACAGCUCCGGCAUCUAGCCCACCUCCUUGUUGACAUGCGCAAUGGAAAAUAGUACUCCCUUUCGCUCAAUGCGCCAUUCGCCAAGAUUAAAUGAUAUUCCUGUAUAAUUUCUCAUUUCUCAUUUAUGCUAAUAACUCAGUGAUUGAAAUGUGUAAAGAAAAGGACACACAUGGUGAGAUAAAAAUUAAUGUCAAAUUACAUUUUCCUAUAUAAUUUAAUAUCUUGUAUACUUACUUCAGCAGUGAAAUCUGAGUUGUAGCAGUGAGUAUUCUUUUAUGAGUAUUAAAAAGGUUUGAAAAUUGUUGAACAUCAAUGUCCAUUUCUGUCUUGUGAUGGAAUGAGAUUUCACAAAUAUCGAGAAAUCUUCAAUGAGAGACACGCACAAAAGUAUGCUCCUUUAUAUAGUCCUUCUAUUGUAUAAACAGAGCAGCAAUUUAAGUAAGAAACAAUUUCAGUGUAAGGUCACACAUUGAAUUUUUUCUCGCUAAUCUAUGGUCAAUAAUGGGCAAACUAAUUUGUAAGAA